AUGGCGCUGCCGCUGCCCGAAGCCGUCGCGGCGCUGGCGGCCGCCGCCGUGGCGCUGGCGGCCGCCGCCGCGGUGCUGAUUUGUAUGAUUGCUCACAUAACUGCCAUAAAAAUGCCAACCCUUCACCGACAUGAAGAAGAGAAGUUCUUCAUAACUGCUGAAGGCAGGAAAGAACCUGUACCAAGUAUACAUGAUCCCCCUACAAGGGAGCUCUCUGUUGUUGUGCCUUCGUACAAUGAGGAAGACCGGUUGCCUCUAAUGAUGGAUGAAGCUUUGGAUUAUCUAGAAAAGAGACAGAGACAAGAUCCUUCAUUCACUUAUGAGGUAAUAGUGGUUGACGAUGGUAGUAAAGAUCAAACCAAGAAGGUUGCGCUGAAGUACUGCAAGAAAUAUGGAAGUGACAAAGUGCGAGUGCUUUCUUUGGUAAAAAAUCGAGGGAAAGGAGGAGCAGUCAGGAUGGUAACUCAUACUUUCAUCUCCUUUCAUCUCCUUCUCUAUUUGAACGAGUUCUGCCCCAAUAUGCAGGGUGUCUUUAGUUCUCGGGGGAAGAAAAUUCUCAUGGCUGACGCAGAUGGAGCUACAAAAUUUCCAGAUAUUGAAAAAGUAGAAGAAGGUCUAAAAAAUCUUCAGCCGUGGCCUAACCAGAUGGCUAUUUCCUGUGGUUCUAGAGCUCAUCUGGAGAAGGACUCAAUAGCAAAGCGCUCUUACUUCCGAACUCUUCUUAUGUAUGGAUUCCAUUUCCUUGUAUGGUUUCUCUGUGUCAAAGGGAUCAGGGACACACAGUGUGGAUUUAAACUUUUAACCAGAAAAGCUGCUGCACGGACUUUUUCAACUCUUCAUAUAGAACGCUGGGCAUUUGAUGUGGAACUUCUUUAUAUAGCUCAGCACUUGAGAAUACCUGUAGCAGAAGUUGCUGUCAACUGGACUGAAAUUGAAGGUUCUAAGCUGGUUCCCUUUUGGAGCUGGCUACAGAUGGGCAGGGAUCUUCUUUUUAUACGACUGCGAUAUAUGACUGGUGCCUGGCAGCUUGAAACAAGAAAAUAUAAUUAGGUUAUUUACAUUUUCCAAAUGUAUUAUUAUACUUAAUGGAACAGGAGAACAGUUUCAGUGAAGCACAGUGGUGAUGAAAGCUGAGGUAAUUCUUCAUUGCUGUUGUUGUAUGUGUCAUUUCUGCAACAUGUAUGUGUUUUAUAAGAUUGUCAAUGGGGAACUUGUAUAAUGUUUAGAAAAGAGAAAGCAUUUCUCAAAAGAUUAUCUGGUAAUCAGGUUUUUAUUGUAUUGAACAGUAGCUUUAACAGAUCCUACAUAAAUUCUCUCUCCUAAAUAAAUACAUCUGCUUUUGUCUCAUCAUACAUUCAGAUUUCUUGCUAGUAAAAUUUGUACAUGUUGAAAAGGGGCACUGUAUAUUCUACAAGGUGCAAUGUUCUGUCUGUUUUAAAUGGCCACAACCAUUUGUUUCUGUAGUGUAUGAAAAUUUAGAGCCAUAUUACAAUUUGGAAUGAUCAAUCAUGUUUCAUGCUGAUGCAUAUUUAGAUUCAGUGUUAUGGGAAACAUUAAUAGGUUUUACUGAGUUACAGAAAUAAUGUUCGUAAGGCUGUUCUAAACUUUCAGUAGUCUCUUGACAUUCCAAAUGUUCUUGUCUGAAGCCGAAAUAGUUUGUCUGAGAUCAAACUUUAGAUUGUCUCCACUGACUGUAGAAGUUCCAAGAGAAAGCACAUUUCAUUUUAAAAUGUUGUCUUUUAUAAAUAGGUUUGUUUCUUACAUACUAAUGAAUACUGUAUGUUCAAGGCUAGGAGUUCUUGGCAUCUCCAAAUCUGUAGUAAAAAGGGCAUGGAAAAGUAAUUCAGAGCAUACUAAAAUGAGACCCAGUGUACAUUGAAGGCCUGUGCAUUAGCAAUGCCAAUUUGAAGUUCUCAUGCUUCAAAUGAGAUCAGAGAGGGGGAAAAAGAUCUUUUCUUGGAAAUGUCAUACCCUAUUACAGAAUACAACUCUAAAUAAUGCUUUUAAAACUAUAUGGUUGUGGACUGCCAAUAAAAUAAGCUUGUUUCUCUUUUGGACGCACACACAAAUCUGAACAUGUUUCAAGCAUGAAGUGGGUACAGUUUUACCUUUGCAUAUUUUUAAUCAAUAAUUUCUCUUCUUCCUUCUUCCAACGGUGUUAUGCAAUAGGGGAUUUGCUCAUAUUAAAGUUACCUCAGUUUUCUAUAAA